AUGUGCUCCUCUCUGGGCUCCCCUGACGUCUCCAAAGUCGAUCCUUCCGAUCUCUCUAAAGGCGAGCGCGCAAGGCUCAGAGCUAUCUUCUCGGCGGACGGUCAAGGUCUCAUCAGGCUCACGGUCGGGCAGCUACCAGGUCGUGAAGGCCCGCUUCUCGUUUCUUUAGGGUUGCAGGCCCGGGUUUUAGCCCGCUACCACGCGUUUCUCUGCCACCGUCCUGCGAAGCACACCCACCGUGACGGUGGCACCGUCCUGGCGAGGUGGUCGGGACCGGUCCGUGUCAAGGGUGGAGGUGAUUCUCAGCAGCUCGUCCAGAUAGAGAGCCUGUCGGGCCGCUCGCUUGGACAAGUCCACAUUUUCAACGUCAAGAAGGCUAAUCUCUCGGAUCAACAAUUGCGGCUGAUGAAGCAGCUCAGAGCUAAGGACGAGGAGGAAGAAGUCACAGCAGUUACUGCCAACUCUAUAUCUCCUAUAGUCGUUGCUGACUUGCCUCCUUUGAUGUCUACUCUGUUCUCUCAUGCCCACUACGUACUUGGCCAGGAUACCGAUAACAAGACACCACUGGUGCACGUAUCCUUGCUGGAACCGUCAUCGACUUCAUCAAGGCCGGGGUUCUGGGUCCAGACAGAUCGCUGCGACCUGUGGGUUCAAUGCCCACAAUACGUGUUCGAUAAGUUCAAGGACAGCACUUUCAGAUGCAAAGAUGUUGGUCUGAAUUGUCGGUUACUUGUGAACUAG